CCUCUACAUAUCAUCGAACCAGAAAAGAAUUACGUAUUUCCCAUUUCACUAAAUUUUCUAGCUUUCGGAUUUCGUUUAGUUAUAGAAAUUCAAGAUGUCGCUGAUUCCAAGUAUCAUCGGCCGAAGGAGCAACGUAUUUGAUCCUUUUUCCAUGGACGUGUGGGAUCCCUUCAAGGAUUUCCCUUUCAACAAUUCUCUUUAUGCUUCCUUCCCCGAAUUUUCUCGCCAAAAUUCUGCAUUUGUGAGCACCCGUGUGGAUUGGAAGGAGACGCCAGAGGCACACGUGUUCAAGGCUGAGAUUCCAGGAUUGAAGAAGGAGGAAGUGAAGGUUGAGAUAGAAGAUGAUAGGGUUCUCCAGAUAAGCGGAGAGAGGAACGUUGAGAAGGAAGAUAAGAACGACACGUGGCAUCGCGUGGAGCGUAGCAGUGGGAAGUUCUUGAGGAGGUUCAGAUUGCCCGAGAAUGCAAAAGUUGAUCAGGUGAAGGCUUCAAUGGAAGAUGGGGUUCUUACUGUCACUGUUCCUAAGGAAGAGGUUAAGAAAGCUGAGGUGAAGUCCAUUGAAAUUUCUGGUUAAGCAAUGUUAAUUUGUUGAUGAUGGCGUCUUUUUGUUUUGCUGAGGAACUUGUGUGUGAGUGAUACAAUAAAAAUACUGUAAAAUGUAAGUCUUUUUGUUUUGUUGAGGAUCUUGUGAGUGAGUGAUACAAUAAAAAUACUAAUACUGUAAAUGUAAUCAAUGGUUAUGGUUCUUGAGAAAUAUAAUAAGUUAUGUUUGAAUGUUGCUGAAAAAAA